AUGCUUUCAAUUCGUCGUUCUCUUGCUUCUAAAGUAGCCAGUUCGGCUUCUGGCUCUGCUGCCAUUGCUGCUGGUCGUAGAAACUACUCUUCUGGUGGUGAUGAUACCGUCACUAUCCAACUUCCAGAGUCUUCUUAUGCCACAUACAAUUUGGAGGCUCCUUCUCUUGAAGUGAGUCUUAAGAAGGAUGAAUUGCUUCAAAUGUACAAGGACAUGACUGUUGUUCGUCGUUUGGAAAUGGCUGCUGAUGCUUUAUACAAGGCCAAGAAGAUCCGUGGAUUCUGUCACUUGUCGACUGGUCAAGAAGCCAUUGCUGUUGGUAUUGAACAUGCUAUUACCAGAGAAGACACUGUCAUCACUUCGUACAGAUGUCACGGUUUCGCAUACAUGCGUGGAGCCUCAGUCAAGGGAGUUCUUGCUGAAUUGCUUGGCCGUCGUUCCGGUGUUUCGUUCGGUAAGGGUGGUUCCAUGCACAUGUUUGCUCCUAACUUUUAUGGUGGUAAUGGUAUUGUAGGAGCUCAAGUUCCUGUUGGUUUGGGUAUUGCUUUUGCCCAUCAAUACAGAAACGAGAAGUCGGCUACUUUUGCUUUGUACGGAGAUGGUGCUUCUAACCAAGGACAAAUCUUUGAGUCUUAUAACAUGGCCAAGCUGUGGAAUGUUCCUUGUAUCUUUGCUUGUGAAAACAACAAGUAUGGUAUGGGUACUUCUGCUUCUCGUUCUUCCGCCUUGACCGAAUAUUACAAGCGUGGUCAAUACAUUCCUGGUCUUAAGAUUAAUGGUAUGGAUGUCAUUGCCAGUUACCAAGGAUCUAAGUUUGCUAAGGAAUGGGCUGCUGCUGGUAAGGGACCUCUUGUUCUUGAGUAUGAGACUUACCGUUAUGGAGGUCACUCGAUGUCUGAUCCCGGUACUACUUACAGAACCCGUGAGGAGAUUCAACAAAUGAGAUCUUCUAACGAUCCUAUUACCGGUCUUAAGGCCCGUUUGCUUGAUCUCGGUGUUGCUACUGAGGCCGAGUUGAAGGCCGUUGACAAGGAGGCCCGUGCCUAUGUCGAUGCUCAAACCGCCGAGGCCGAGGCCGACGCUCCUCCUGAUGCCGACCCCAAGAUCCUCUUCGAAGACGUCUACGUCCGUGGUACCGAGAUCCCUGUUCUCCGUGGCAGAAUCCCCCAAGAGAACUUCUCCUUCACCAAAUAA